AUGUUUAGCAUUGAAGAGUUACUUGCCAGACCUGUUUCAUUCAAGAUACCAAACAUGUCCUAUUCCUCACCACCUCGAAAGGAAUCUACUCACUCUACUAAAAGGAUAAUUCAUGAUUCUCACAAUAUGAGCGACGAACUUGUCAGAAUUAAUCAACUUGUCAAAGAUUUUAGUGUAAACAAAAGCAACGCAUGGAUAUACCCCCGUUCUACAUAUGGUGAAAAAAUAACUCACAACGAAUUGAUUCGCAUUGCCAAAAUUGUUAGUGCUUAUACUGGCAUAAAAGUUAGUCGCGAUGCUAAAAGAAGGAAAGUUGUGCUAUUAAAAUGGUUUGAUGAGAAUUGGGCAUCGAUCAAACCAGUUUUAGCAAUGGUUUCCAUAUAA